GCAAUGCCCCUAAUCAUUAAAUGGUUGAUAGCCCACCAAACUUGAAAAAAUCUCACCAUAAAAAAUAUCUCAUAUCCCUCUUACAACUGCCUGUUUCCAUAUGCCAACCACACAAGUCACUGUUCACCUUUCCCAUGGCUGCUUUCAGGUGAUAAACUAACCCCUCUCUCUCUCUCUCUCAAAGUUGGGAAAUUAUACUAUGCUUGGCAGGACCAGUUCUUGAUCAAGAUUUUUGGUCCCAAAAAACCAAUAAAAGAGAUAGAGCCCCUUUAUUCACUGAUCUCUUCUCCUUAUCCUCAUUAUAAUUUAGAUACCCUUUUUCCAUUCCUAUCCUGUUGGAAUCCUUCCAACACUCCAUGCUUAAUUAGGUUUAAGUCCUCCUGAUGAUCAACAUCUCAAUCUUUCUUGCAUGCUGUUUGAUCGAUCAUUAAUAUCACCACCUUAAUUUCUCCAAUGCCCACCACUUAUCCGAAUCGCCUGCUGCUCGACUCCAACAUCAUCACCGUCCCUCCAACCAACGCUAACAAGACAAACGCCUCCUACAAUGAGACCGCAAAUUUCGACAGCAACAUGGUCAUCAUCCUCGCAGCUCUGCUCUGUGCCUUGGUGUGCGCUCUCGGGAUGAACUCCAUCGUCCGUUGUGCGUUGCGAUGCACGGGCUCCAGAACGAUUGCUGACGACGUUGCUGUCCGUUUGGCUUCCGGAUCUGCCAGUCUCAAGAAAGAGGCCGCGCUGAGCCAGAUUCCUGUCGUUGUUUACAAGCCGGGACUGCAUAUUCCGGCCACAGACUGCCCCAUAUGCCUAGGGGAGUUUGUGGAAGGAGAGGAUGUUCGGAUUUUGCCUAGGUGCAGGCAUGGUUUCCAUGUUAAGUGUAUAGACAGAUGGUUAGUUCUACAAUCGUCGUGUCCUACUUGUAGGCGGCCGUUGUUCGAGGAUGCUACGAGUGGUAAUAAUGCAGAGAAUGUGAGAAUUCAGAUCAGUUAGUGUGCGUUCAUAACUAGAGAAUGGGUAAGGAUCUAAAUCAAUUAUAUGAGGAGUACAAUACACUUUUUUGUAUGAUUAGUGUACAGUUUAAGAAAAAGUGACAAAUGAUUUAGUUCAAUUAAAUCUAUCCUCAUUUGAAUAAGAUGUUUUCAUAGAGCAGAACUUUCGGAAUGUUAGAGCUGAGAAUGAAUAGAUUUUAGUGGCUUAUCAUACCUUAGAGUACUUCUUCUACUUGUGUACUAAAUAUCUGCUUGAAAUGUCCUGAAACAAUUAUUGGUGGUCUGGUGAUUAGUGCAAGGACAUAAGCACAAUCUCUAGUCUCGUACUUCUGACGGAAUACAUGAAAAUAAACGUA